AUGAGUUUCUUUGGGCUAAAUAAUAGCAAGACAUUUAAACCUAAACGGAGUAUUCCCGAGGGCUCCAAACAGGCCGAGCUUAAAAAGUUUGCAGAGGCUACACUUGGAUCGGGCAAUCUCAAACUGGCAGUUGAACUUCCACAAGGAGAAGAUCUGAAUGAAUGGCUAGCAGUCAACACUGUCGACUUUUUCAACCAAAUCAACCUAUUAUAUGGAACCAUUACAGAGUUUUGUACUCCCCAGGACUGUCCAAUUAUGUCUGCUGGACCUAAAUUCGAAUACCAUUGGUGCGACGGAGUGCAGUUCAAGAAACCUGUCAAGGUAUCUGCUCCAGAAUAUGUGGAUUAUUUAAUGACAUGGGUGCAGUCUCUGCUGGACGAUGAUACAGUAUUCCCGUCCAAGAUUGGAGUUCCAUUUGCCAAGACAUUUCAAUCGAGCAUCAAGACGAUUCUCAAACGACUCUUUCGAGUGUAUGCACACAUAUACCAUUCACACUUUCAAAAGUUUGUCGAUCUAAAAGCAGAUGCGCAUCUGAACACUAGUUUCAAGCAUUUUGUCUAUUUUAUAAACGAGUUUUCAUUGAUUGAAAAAAAAGAAUUGGCGCCGUUGGAAGAUCUGAUCAAGACUAUGAUGGCCCAAUAA